CUUUCGAUUGACUUCCAAGGUCCCAUCACCUCAGCCAGCCGGUAAUCUCGAGAAUGAUCAUCUCUGCCAAGCCGCCAUAGUCUUUCGUUCCUGACUCCUACAUAUGUGUGCUUUACUUAGCUCGUCUUCGUUCUGGUAGCGGGUGCAUGGUUUGCAGUAGCAGUUACUGAAUCCAGCGGAUCUGUUUCCCGUGGAUCCAUUCCAAAUGGCGAAGUCGUCCCGGAUACUGCUCUGCCUCUUUCUCGGUUCGAUAGUCCUCGCGCUUCUGCCGGGUCCGGUUCAUUCAGAAGACGCCGCCAACGCCACCGCCAACGCUUCCGCGGAGGCAGCGGCGGCAGCAGCGGCGGCGGAAUCUGCGCGGGCGACAGCGGAGGCGGUGGCUAAAGCGGCGGAGAGCGAGGCCGCCAAGGACGAGGCGGCGCAGAAGGCGGCGGAGGAGGCGGCGGGGGCAAGCGGGGCGGAUAAGGGAGCGGAGGAGGAGAGUCAGAGCAGCAUUCCCCCGGCGAUAGUGAAGGCAGAGAAGGAGGCGUCGGACAUCGUGCCUGACGGCGCGUGCAAGAAGGAGAUCGCGGCGUUCUGCAGCGACCUGGCGGCGGGCAACCGCACGCUGGAGAAGUGCCUCACGGGGCAGGUCGAGCUCGCCAAGGCGCAGGGGGGGAAAGGUAGCAUGUCGCCCGACUGUCUGCAGGAGAUCUAUAAUUUCAAGAUCGAGCUGUACAAGAACAUCAGCAUCAACAACGAGAUGGCGGAGGCAUGCAAGGCGGACAUAGCUCAGUUCUGCAAUGAUGGCUUCCUCUACCCCGAACCGGGCAACAUCCUCGCUUGCCUCAGGGAGACGCGUGGGUCGGGCAAGCUGUCGGACGGGUGUGCGGAGCUGGUGCUGGAGGCGGAGGAGGAGGCCGCGGCGGACUUCCGCAUGGACCCGCAGCUGCACGCGCUCUGCUCCAACGACGCUGCCAAGUUCUGCAAGGACGUGCCGCAGGGCGAAGGACUCGUGCAGGAAUGCCUGCGGCAGCACCGCAGCAGUCUGAACUGGGACUGCCAGGCGGAGCUGUUCCGCCAAGAGGUGGAGAAUGCCGACGACGUGCGCCUCAACGUGCGCCUCUUCAAAGCGUGCUUGGCGGACAAGCGGCGGUUCUGUCCGGACGUGAUUCCGGGGGAUGCGCGUGUGAAGGACUGCCUGGAGGGUCACAGGGAGGACAGCGACUUCUCCAAGCAAUGCAAGGCGGAGAUCAUCAAGAUGAUGGAGCGCCGAGCCUCUGACUUCCGCCUGGAUCCGGGCCUGCGCAAGUACUGCCACCGCGACAUUGUGGAGACGUGCUACCCGGACGCGGACGACAUCAGUGACGUGGCGUCGUGGGACAGCCGUGUGAUCGAGUGUCUGCAGGACUACCGCCGCGAGCUCAAGGACCCGCGGUGCCGCCAGCAGGUGCACCUGCUCACUCAGAGGGCCGCGGAGGACACGCGCUUUGACCACCCGCUGCAGCAGGCGUGCCAUGAGGACCGCGAGACGCUGUGUGCAUCGGUGGCGGACGGGCAUGCGCGCGUGUUCAUGUGCCUGCAGGAGAACCGCCAGAAGCUCAAACCUGUCUGCCGCACCGCACUUUUUGAGCAGGAGAUCCGGUACGCGGAGGACAUUGACUUCAAGUUCCCCAUGCGGGAAGCGUGCCAGGACGAGAUGCAGCGCCUCUGCAAGGACGAAAAGGGCGGUGGUGACACAAUAGCGUGCCUGCAGCAGCACGUGGGGGAUGAGGACAUGGGCGAGAGGUGCAAAGAGGAGGUCAAGAAGGAUGAAGAGAGGAGUGCUCAAGACUUCCGGCUGAACUACAAGCUCAACCGCGCAUGCUUCAGCGACGUGCAGCAUCUCUGCAUGCACUCCUGCGAGCCCAAAAACGACUCCUUCGUCUCCGGCCCCACGGGCGACCUGUGCGGGGGGCGUGUGCUGCAGUGCCUGGCGGGCAACGCGUCGAGCAUUGCGAGCGCGGAGUGCCGUGAGGAGGUGCUGUACUUCCAGCAGCGCGAGGUGGGCGACGUGCUGCUGGACGUGCCGCUGCAGCGCGCGUGUGAGGCGGACAUCGGCGCGCUGUGUGGGCUGCAGCGCGACCACAGCAAGGUGCUGUCGUGCCUGCGCCAGCACCGGGAGCAGCUCAAGCCUGAGUGCCGCGAGGAGGAGCUGCGGUUCAGCGCCAUGGAGGCAUCUGACAUCCGCCUGACCCCCUCCCUCAUGAACGCGUGUGGGCUCGAGCUGCACGUGUUCUGCCGCGGCGUGCCGCCCAGUGAGGGCAAGGCGUUCCGGUGCCUGCAGACGAACCUGGCGAGGGAGGGCAUGGGCGUGGCGUGCCGCUCCGAGGUGGAGCUGGCCACGGUGCGCGAGUCGCAGUUCUACGAGGGCGACGUGGCGCUGGCGCUGCAGUGCCACACGGACAUCGCCACCUCCUGCAGCGACGCGGCAAACAGCGAGGCGGACGGCGACGGGGAGGUGAUCGCAUGCCUGGCGCAGCACUAUGACGGGCUCACUGGGAAGUGCCAGACCGAGGUGUCAUUCCUAGUGCGCAUGGCGCUGUGGGUGUACCAGCCUGCCAACCCCCUCACGCUGCCCUGUGCUGAUGACAUCACGGCCCUCUGCCCCAACGCCACCUCCUCCUCCACCUCCUCUUUGGCGGCCAAGGGCAUCGUGCUGGCGGCGGUGGGGCAGUGCCUGGUGGACCAGCCCCUUGCCAAGCUGGGCAACGGCUCGUGCCGGCAGCUGGUGGCUGUGGUGGGCGUGGCGGGCGCGCAUGUGGGCGGGGUGGUGGAUGAGGCGCGGCUCGAAUCCACGCUCGCACAGAUCGCAGAGCUGGGGGCAAUGGAGCAGCAGCAACGGGAGGAGGAGGGCAUGGAGCUGACGGGGUGGGUGGCGCUGCUGGCAAUGUUCGCUCUUGCGGUGCUGCUGAUAGGUGCGGGUGUGUACGCGUACCACCGCUUCUUCAGCCCCACGCGGGACUACACGCUCGUUGUGAGGGAGGGGGACGUCAAGGAGGGGGACGUGUGAGGGGGGCUCCGGUGCCGUGGGUGCGGCUUGCUGAAGAGGUGCUGCGGCUUGAGACAUGGUGCUGCUGGUUGCAGGUACCGGCUGUGGUGCGCUCUACAAGCUCCCUACGAAAGCCGGGUGUAGACAUGUGGAAGCUACCAUAGUACAUAGGGUGUUGCCUGAUUGCAACUCCUGGGGAAGUUUAAGCCGGUGCAUGCUUACGGGAAGAAUUUUACGUGCAUUGAAACUUCCACCUGCAAAGAUGGUGCUAUUGCCAUAAUCUUGCUGUCCAUAUUGUUACAACACAGAAU